GAAAAAAAAAAGUGAUGUCUUUUGCAGGAGAAAAUGUUCCUAUUAUAGUUCUUAAGGAGGGGACGAAUGAUUCGCAAGGACGAGGUCAAUUAUUGUCUAAUAUUGCGGCAGUUCUUGCUAUUCAAAGUACAAUUUGUACAACAUUGGGUCCUCUUGGUGCAGAUAAAUUGAUUGUAGAUGAUAAAGGUCAAAUUGUGAUUUCUAAUGAUGGCGCAACUAUUAUGAAAUUAUUAAAUAUCGUGCAUCCGGCGACUAGGGUUCUUGUUGAUAUUGCACGAAGUCAGGAUGCGGAAGUUGGCGAUGGAACGACAUCUGUUGUGGUACUUGCAGGAGAACUUUUAAAGGAAGCAAGGGCAUUUAUAGAGGAAGGUACAAGUCCGUAUAUUAUUUCUUUGGGUUAUAAAAAGGCAUCUCGUCUUGCUGUAGAUAAAAUAAAAGAAAUUUCUGUUAAUAUACAGACCUCUGAUAAAGAAAAAUUUUAUGGAUAUCUUAUAAAAUGUGCAGCUACGUCAAUGUCAUCUAAACUUAUUCAUUCUUAUGAGAGUAUUUUUGCAAAAAUGGUUGUAGAUGCUGUUUUAACUCUUGAUGAUGAACUUAAUGAGAAGUUAAUCGGCAUUAAAAAGGUUAUUGGUGGUUCUGUUGAAGAUUCUUUAUUAAUUCAUGGUGUUGCUUUUAAAAAAACAUUUUCUUAUGCAGGAUUUGAACAACAACAAAAAUCAUAUAAAAAUCCAAAAAUAGUUUGUUUAAAUGUAGAGCUUGAACUUAAAGCUGAAAAAGAUAAUGCUGAAGUUAGAGUGGAAGAAGUUUCGGAGUAUCAGGCUAUCGUAGAUGCGGAAUGGACAAUUAUAUUUGAAAAAUUAGAAGCAUUGGUUAAUACAGGUGCUAAAAUUGUAUUGUCAAAAUUGCCUAUAGGGGAUUUGGCAACUCAAUAUUUUGCUGAUCGUGAUGUUUUUUGUGCUGGAAGAGUCUCUUCUGAGGAUUUAAAUAGAGUUGUUUUGGCAGUUGGAGGAACUAUACAAUCCACAUGUUUUAAUAUUGAGCCACAUCAUCUUGGAACUUGCUCAAGUUUUGAAGAAAGACAGAUUGGUGGUGAACGAUUUAAUAUAUUUGAAGGAUGUCCUAAAGCCAAAACAUGUACUAUAAUUCUUCGUGGAGGCGCUGAACAAUUUAUUGCGGAAGUAGAAAGAUCUCUUCAUGAUGCUAUUAUGAUUGUUAAGAGAACAAUUAAAAAUAAUAGUAUUGUAGCAGGUGGUGGUGCAUGUGAGAUGGAAAUUUCUAAAUAUUUGAGAGAGUAUUCACGAACAAUUUCUGGUAAACAACAAUUUCUUGUCUUGUCUUUUGCAAAAGCAUUAGAAGUGAUUCCACGGCAAUUAUGUGACAAUGCUGGCCUUGAUUCUACUGAUAUUUUAAGUAAUUUACGUAUGCGUCAUGCUAGAGGAGAAAAAUGGGCAGGAGUUUCAAUUAAAUCUGAAGGUGUUGCUGAUAAUUUCGAGGAAUUUAUAUGGGAACCAAGUCUAGUUAAAAUUAAUGCUAUUUCAUCUGCUACUGAAGCUGCAUCUAUGAUUUUAUCUGUAGAUGAGACAAUUAGAAAUGAGCAAAGUCAACAGCCUGACCUACCUUCUAAACCUUCAAAAGGUCUUCCUCAACGUUCUUUUAAAAAUCAGCCGCUUUUUAAUAGAUAA